AGCGGCCGCGUACAUAGCCGGUAUUCAGAUUUGGCGAACCGCGUUGCAAGGACACUGUGACAAAGUUUACGAAAUGGGUCUGACCGGAAACCACUUUGUCAGCCUCUUGCUCUACAUCUUGGUCGUCAACGAGAUCCGUCUUCCUUUGGUGACAUGCCAGGAUGAAGAUAACACACAAUGCAUGCCAAAAGCAGCCUUCCUGGCUCUGUUGCGUCAUCCGGAAGUCAGCUCGAAUUUAGCCGCCUAUUCUAGAGCAGCGAGAAUAACUCAGGAUGCAAAAAGUCGUAACGACAUGGCGCAUCUGAGAGCUUUAACCGAGGAGGCUGACGACACGGAGAUCUGCGUACCUGGUCGCGUUUAUUUGCAACUAUUGAAGGAUCCGGUCAUGCGUGGCGAUCUUAGUAUUAUUCUCAAUGGAAGAACACAGAAGUUACCGGAUCUCCUAGGACGUUUGCUCGACGAUAGCGACGAGAUGGAUGCGAGGGAGUUCCUGCCUGAAUCUCAGAAAAGAAGCCUCGCAACGUUGGCCAAAAACGAUGAUCUACCGAUUAGUAUCCAGGAUCGUAUUGCCGAAAAUGAAGAUGACGAAGAAAAGAGGGCUGCAAUUUCCAGCGAGCAACCAGGACAAAACGACGCAGGAAUCUCCCGUGAUUAUCUCCUCUCUGGCGGUCGUUCAGAUUUGCAAGCCUUCGCACGAGACUUCCAGAUGGAAAAACGAAAUGUCGGUGCAUUAGCUCGGGAUUUCGCGUUGCCACCUGGUAGACGUAAUAUCGCGUCUCUGGUUCGUGACUACGACCAGAGCAAGAACAACAAUCGGGAAUCUACUUUGCCUUACAAUGGAAAAAGGAACGUCGCUUCCUUGGCGAGAACGUUCACUCUACCUCAAAACGGGAAAAGGAACGUGGCAUCCGUAGCCAGAGACUACGGACUCCCUUAUGGGAAAAGAUACGUCGGUUCCUUGGCCAGAACAGGCGAUUUUCCCACUAGAAACCAGAGAAGCGUCGCUUCUUUGGCGAAAAAUUCCGCUUGGCCAGUUUCAUUGAAGAGAGGAAGUUUCUUGCCCGGAAGCGUGAUCCUGAGAGCUCUUUCCCGCCAUGGUAGAUCGAUGGUGGACGAAACGAAUGCGAGAAACGACCUGUUAGAUCUUCAGGAGCUGAGUAACCUGGAACAAAGUCAGAGAAACGAUUACGAGACUGCGGAGGAAAAGUUGAACGAUUCCUUGACGAAAAUCGAUUCCAACAUUAGGCGACCCAAGAGACAGAUUGGCUUCUCCGACGAGUAUCCUCUACCUGUUAUGCAAAAUACGAACGGUUUUGAUUACGAAGAGAUGGUGGAGGCGCUCAGUGGACAGUACCCGAACGCAGAAAAGAGAUUCAUGGAAACAGGUUCUGCACCGGAGAUGCAGCCAGAGGUAGACCAGUUCGGCUACCCGGAAACGUUUCAAGCGAGUAAAAGACACAUCGGGGCCCUGGCACGUCUUGGUUGGCUUCCAUCUUUGAGGGUCGCGCGAUUUUCGCGCUCACCUCGGUAUCCGAAUGGCAGGGAGAAUUCCGCAGAUGGGCCCCCGUCCGACUACUCCGCCAACUCGUCGACAAGGUCGCUAAGACCUAACUUCAAAUCAAGGAAACACUCCGUUCAAGCCUUGCAUGGGGAUUGUCGACACGGCUUCAAAAGGUUUCUUAUCUUACCGACUACGGAUAAUUAUUUCCAUGAAAAACUUCCUUACUCGUUGCGAUCCAAAUCGUCAUAAACAGUCUCUUUUUUAUUUAUAUAUCACAGGAUAAAUAUCGAUGAAUUAGUCAUUUUGUUCAUACUUUUGCUCGUACAUCUCUGGAAUUGAAUAACGAUUAUAAAUACGUAAAUACUUUGAGAAACGAGAUUUAUUUUCGAAGAAGUUUCGAUAUUUAUCUGUAACUGGUACGAGAUUAUUUGCUGGUAAUCUUUUUCUUAAUUUCAAGUUAUCUGGCACUGGUAAUGUCUUUUCGAAUCAUCGCGUUUAGCAAGUGAAAGUAUAUGGGGCGCGUUAUUGCUUGUUUUUGACGAACUACUGAAUGAAGAUCAUUUCUAAAGAUUCAGGGAAAUAAGUAGAUUUAAUUCUCAACUGGUAUCGAAUCGUAAAUGAAUUUGCAUUAAGUUAUUUAAUUUUUAUGUUCGAGUUUAAUUUUUAUUCCAUGUUAUUUUUCAUGUAAGAGGUAAAAUAUAAGAUAGUCUAAAAUUAAACAAUCUAGCGGAAUCUGUUAAGAUUACUUACGAUCCAAAUAUAUCGGUUGAGAUUAAACGAUGGAAGCUCAAAUCUGCGGAAACUUGCACAACUAUUAUAUGCGAUGGAUGACUGGUACUGUAUCUAUUAUCACGGUAUGCUACAUUUAAAAGCUUUUUCGUGCUUCAAACGGCUAUCAAUGUUUAACUAGCUCGAAGUAUUGACUAACUAUUACAGUAUUGUUAAUUUUCACUAGCAACCGAAGAUUUUAUAAAGUGAAUUAUUUACGCUUCCUAUCGACGUAUAGUCUGACACGUACUGUUUGAUAUAUAUAUACAUGUAACGACUUUAUAUACUGUAUUUAAUUUAGUGCUUACUAACUUAAUACUCUAAGCGUACGUUUAAGGGAAAAUAGCAGUCAAUACGAGAUAAAAUUCAGAGCGACGUUCAAUUCUUUACGAAACGUUGCAAAUAGAUUAGCAAACACCAAUUAUUGUGGUAAUUUAUAUCACAUUCGAUCAUGUAGCUUUAUUAGUUUAGUAUUUUAUAGUCUACAAAGGAAUUAUGUUUACACAGAACGAAUGGCCCCUUAUUGUACGGCAGCACAAAUACUUGUCAUUUGCAGAAAUAUAGAAAAUUGCACAUUGCUCGAAUAAUAUUUACCUAAUCUCAAGUCUCUACUCUCGUACUAAUUUCUCAUGCUGUUUACGUUAGAUUAAACAUAUCACGUGUACCUUUUAAUGUCUCCUGCGACUUCUAUUAACGUUAAGAAACUUUCUCAGAAAUAUUUUUCUCCAAAAUCAAUGUAAUUAGACGAUAACCAGCGACAAUAACGUUAUAUUAAGAAUAAUAAUCCUAAUGUCUGAUCUGAUUCGCUAAGCUACCUUACUUAUCGUUAGAUACAUCUGUUUUGCAACGUAAAAUAUGUCUUAAAUGCAAAUGUAUUAAUAAUAUUUAGGAUUUCUUUCAAAUUAUUUACUAAAUUGCUCACAAUUCUAUCUGAAACUUUUCACAUACUGUUUUCUUUUUUAACGAGCAGUAUUACACAACAUUAGCUUUUAUUGUUUACGUUCAAUGCAUUUACUUUGAAAAUACAGAUGUAUUGGUAUGGUAGUAAGUAAAACGAACAAUCAGAUAGAAUUAUUCGAUGGUCUGAGGCAUUUCCGUAUCCGAAAGGAUUUCAUCGUUCGAUUGAGAGAUGUUCACCGAGCAAGUUGGAGAUUCUUUUCGAAUUUUUCAUUCGAUAUUUCUACAGCCACGGUUCACGAUCGCAAAUAGAAGAAAACAUGCAGGAAGCCGUGACGCGAUCUUCGACGUAUAACAGUAGUCAGUGUAAAUCUUAUAGCGCUGAGGGCUUGCAGGCUCGAUAGUAAUAACGCAAAAUUCAGCUUUCUUUUUGUUCAUGAUACAUGUUUCAGUACUUAUCGAUAGAUCAUUGUGUAAUACGUGUAUGUUAAAUGUAAAAGCGCGGUCUCUGGAAGAAUUGUGGUAAUUACAAGUCGAUCGAUAUCAACGAUUUAUCACUAAUGCGGAUAGCGUGUAUCGUUGUUCGAUCGCCUUCGAUUUUAUCAGAAUGUAUCAAUGUGUUUGUCUAGACAAUAACGAGUAAACGAGAUGACAAUAAAACGAUAAUAAUAAACGAUGAAAUAAAGAUCUUGUUUGUCGUAUCAUCAA